AUGCGCAUUCGCAUGGAGCAUUUCAUCCGAAAGAAGCAGCAAGAGAUCAUCUCGGCUCUGGAGAAAGUAGACGGGACGAAGUUUCGGACAGAUGAAUGGGAAAGGCCAGGCGGAGGCGGUGGGGGCCGGACAUGUGUUCUACAGGAUGGCAAUGUGUUCGAAAAGGCGGGCGUGAACAUCAGCAUCGUGCAUGGGAAGCUGAACAGAGCGGCGAUUGAGGAGAUGCGGCAUAACCACAAAAGUCUGGCGACAGAUGCUGCGGAUUUGGAGUUUUAUGCGCUUGGUCUGAGUAUGGUCGUUCAUCCCAGAAAUCCAAUGGCACCAACAGUGCACAUGAACGGCCGGUAUUUCGAGACCGUCCGGUCAGACGGUUCAGCGCAGACGGCAUGGUUUGGAGGUGGUAGCGACUUGACACCAAGCUACCUAUUCGAUGACGAUGCUCGACAUUUUCACCGAACUCUGAAGCAGGCUUGCGAUGAGCACGAUCCCGAAUAUUAUCCCAAGUUCAAACAAUGGUGUGACGAGUACUUCAACAUCAAGCACAGGGGGGAAAGAAGAGGUAUUGGCGGCAUCUUCUUCGACGACCUUGACAAAGACAUUUCGGAUCCUGAAAAAGCAUUUGUAUUCGCUCAAUCAGCCAUUAACGCCUUUUUACCAGCAUACAUCCCUAUUGUCGAGAAAAGAAAAGAUUUGCCGUAUAACGACAAGGAGAAGGAGUGGCAACAGAUGAGAAGGGGACGAUAUGUGGAGUUCAAUCUUGUGCAUGAUCGGGGGACGGCGUUCGGAUUAAAUGUUCCUGGUUCGAGGGUUGAAAGUAUCUUGAUCAGUCUUCCGACGACGGCUCAGUGGAGAUACAUGCACGAUGAGCCAGAUCCCGAAAGCCGGGAAGGAAAACUGCUCGAGGUACUCAGACACCCCAAGGAUUGGGUUUAA